CACAAAAUAGCGCCAAGUGGGGGGGUUUUUAUCUGCUUAAACCCUAAACCCUCAUCUCCUUCUUCUGCCCCUUGAACCCAAACAGAGUUUCAAACCCCCAGAGAAGAAAACCUUAAGUCUGUUAACAGAGGCAAUGAUCAUAUGCCGCUCAGCUUCAAUGCUCCAUUUCUACAGUUUAUCAACCACCCCAAAACUCCUCUCUCAUUUCAGGCAAUGUUCUUUUCUCUCUACUUCUUCGCCAUCUUCUCUGUCUUCGUCCCCUCCAAUCCGUUUAGUUUGGCUCAAUCAGUCCAGCAGGCGCCGAACCAGGGCCUUCAGUAGCGCCGCUGUUGCUUUCGCUGUUCCGAAGAAAAGUGGGACGGGUACCUUCUUUGCUGAAGAGAGUGUUUCGUGGAAGUCUCUAGGGUUAUCUCAUCGGAUCUCUCAAGCUCUCUCUAAUGCCGGUUUCGACAGACCCUCUCUCGUUCAGGCUGCCUGUGUACCAUCUAUACUCUCUGGAAAAGAUGUGGUAAUUGCAGCAGAAACUGGUAGUGGUAAAACACAUGGUUAUCUAGUUCCCCUGAUUGAUAAGCUCUGCUGUGCUCGCCACAAUGGGAAUAAUGAUUCCAAGGCAGCAUCUGCUUCUUCACAUAGCUUUUCUAUUGUUCUUUGCCCAAAUGUAUUGCUUUGCGAACAAGUGGUUCGAAUGGCUAAUGGUCUUUCUGGAGAUAAUGGUGAACCACUUCUCAGAGUUGCAGCGGUCUGUGGUCGUCAGGGUUGGCCAGUGAACAAACCAGAUAUUAUUGUGUCAACCCCAGCUGCUCUUCUGAACAAUAUAGACCCCAAAGAAAUUCAUCGUUCGGAUUUUAUUCGUGGUAUAAAAUACGUGGUUUUUGAUGAGGCAGAUAUGCUUCUCUCUGGGGGCUUUCAUAAUCAUGUUAUCCGUCUUAUGCACAUGCUCCGUUUUGAUGAAAAGCUUUUGUCUCGGAUGAAUAAAUCUGGAUCUGAGAACCCUGCAGAACUGAAUUCUGAUUCUCUGUCACACUUUGACUUUGAGGGUGAGAAAGACAUACAAAACGAAUCUUUCUCCGAAGCAGAGGAAAUUUCUGAGGAUGAUGUUGAUGCUGAGGACUUGAAGGAUGAAACUAAAACUUGGCCUGUCAAGAAAAAAGACUGGAGGAGAGUGAGAAAAAAUUAUGAACGCAGUAAGCAGUACAUAUUUGUUGCUGCCACCCUUCCAGUUAAUGGAAAGAAAACUGCUGGUGCAGUGUUGAAAAAGAUGUUUCCAGAUGCCAACUGGGUUAGUGGAAACUACCUACAUUAUCACAACCCUAGAUUGAAGGAGAAAUGGAUUGAAGUCACAACUGAUACACAGGUCGAUGCACUAAUAGAGGCUGUAAAGCAAUUUAACUCAAAAGCAUUGGAUCAUGGUACUGGUGUUAGUCGAACCAUGGUUUUUGGUAACACUGUUGAGGCUGUUCAAGCAGUGGCUAAUAUACUCCAGAGGGCUGGGAUUGAGUGUUACUGUUACCAUAAGGACCUCUCUUUGGAAGAGCGUGCUGAGACCUUAGAUGAUUUCCGAGAGAAAGGUGGAAUUUUUGUGUGCACAGAUGCUGCUGCACGUGGUGUUGACAUUCCAAAUGUCUCGCAUGUCAUCCAGGCAGACUUUGCCACUUCUGCUGUAGAUUUCUUGCAUAGGGUUGGUCGCACAGCACGGGCUGGUCAAUUUGGAGUUGUUACAAACCUCUACACUGAAUCCAACCGGGAUCUUGUUAAUGCAAUUCGUACAGCUGGGAAGCUGGGUCAGCCUGUGGAAGCGGCCUUUAGCAGGAAAAGAAGUUUCCGAAACAAGCUUAAGAAGAGAGGUUCAAACAAUGCCAGAGAUGGAUCAACUUGUGAAUUGAUGGUGUAAGAAACAUGGUACAUUAUGGAGAAUAGAUAGCCAUUGAUUUUUUAAAUUAUUGCACUCACUUAGCUUGUAGCAUUAUCAUCAACGUGAAUUAUGGUCUCCUUAAGUAGUAUUAGAUAUUGUAGUAAAUACAUGCAAUAUCCGAAAGAUCCCUUCUACCGCCUUCCCCAUCUCUCUGUUCACACACACACAAGCCAAAAAGAGAGAAAGAAAAGACUGAUUGCAUUCUCUGUUUCCACAACCAGUCUAUCUGGUUGUCAAUUUUUGUUAGGACUAGUUUAUCUUGUUGUGCAUUUGCGUGUAGCGUAUUGGAUGGAACGGAAAAGAUAAGUUUUGUCCAAUACUAAGUUUGAUGUUGUUUAAAGGAAAUAGGAUCACUGACUAUGCCUCUCAAUUCAUCCGGUGUAAAGUGGAUACAGCCGUUCUCUAAUGAUUUCUAUCCACCAAACAUGGCCUUUUGCCCUUAGGGGACACAUAGAAUAACAUCUUUUUGGGUUGUCACUUUUGAUUCGGUGCUGGAAAGAGAAUUCCCUUGUUUUGAUAUUGCAUUGGAAUGUAUUAAAGUCCCAAAUGUUGUCUUGGCCUA